CCGCGAGAAAAUACAAUUUGACAGAGAACUUCGGGAAAAACUUAUCAAUUUCCGUCCAUCAAAACAACAGAGUCCCGCGGUUGUAGCAUUUCAGAACCAGGCGUUGAAAAGGACGCUGACUCGAGGAUGCACUAGCAGCGAGGCAUCGGCUUCGACCCUGAAUGGAGUUCAGCUGAAGUUGCGCUCGUUUAGUUUGGACAUAUCGGCGGGGAUAUAUCAGAAUUGUUGUGUGAAGUUUUUAAAGUUUAGCAUGUCGGCGGCCGCGUUUGACCGCAAAAUGAUUGACGGCGACUGGAUUUGCAGCGAUCCUGAUUGCAAGAAUUUGAAUUUCGCACGGCGAACGCAAUGCAAUCGAUGUCAUCGCGAACGUUCCUUCGAUGGCGGCCUCGUGAAGAGGAAAAUGGGCACGGAGAUCGGGAAGGCGGCGGCUGAGAAGUCCCGGGGCCUGUUCAGCGCGGAGGACUGGCAGUGCAGCAAGUGCGCCAAUGUGAAUUGGGCACGGCGCCAAACCUGCAACAUGUGCAACGCUCCCAAGUUCUGCGACGUCGAGGAGCGAACAGGUUAUGGCGGGGGCUACAAUGAUCGUGGAGUGGUCGAGUAUAAGGAACGUCAUGACUCUGACGACGAAUACGAUGAGUUCGGUCGCAGGAAGAAAUCCCGGAAAGAGGGUUCGAAGCAACCGGCGAACAACAAACGAACCAAAGAUGACGAAGAGGAGGACGAUGACGACGACGAGGAUGGUGGGGACUUGUCGAAAUACGAUCUCUGGGGCUCGGAUUCCGAGGAAGCUGCCAGCAAGCCGGCGGUUGCCAACCAGUCUAACAGUCCCCGCUCCAAACACAGCCGGUCUGCCUCGAAAUCGGGAUCACGCUCGCGUUCUGGAUCGGGUUCCUCGAGCGGCUCGUCGUCAUCUUCUCGCUCGUCCUCGUCAUCAUCUAGUCGCUCAUCGACAAGCUCACGAAGCUCAUAUUCAUACUCGAAGUCAAAAUCGCGAUCUCGCUCCCCCUCUGCGCGGCGCAACAGCUCCACAGUUAAGACAAAUCCACGAAGAACACAUUCGCGAUCACGCUCAAAAACGCCGCGUUCCAGUUCCAAGACUCGUCGGCGAAAAUCCUCGUCGCAUUCCCCGGCAUCAUCGCGUUACCGUCGUAGAUCUCGAAGCCGAUCGCCAAUCAACUCUAAAAAGAGGCAUUGAAUGUGUCUCGGAGGUGACGACGCGACAGGCACUCAGAUGAAAGUUUUUGUGAAAAAAAAACUACUUUUACCGUUACUAUUUGGUAAUUCUAAUUUUUAAGAAAUUGUAAUAUUUAAAUGACGGCUAUGGAGCGUGCAGGGGUGGGAGUGGAGACAGACAGUCCAUCAGGACUAGCGGAACCUAUGACUAUGAUACCUUUAAUUGUCGCAGAUUUGUUGCAGACUCACGGGUUUUUGGAUGGAACCAUGAACUGGGACGACGCGAAAACAACUGACUUGGUGUUAUCGAAUCUAAGCUGUUUCGCCUUAAUUCAUGUCGUUUUGUGUUUUCAAUUAGAUUCGCCGAACGGAGACAACAUGGAGAUUAGAUUUGGAUAAGAUUUGUCAGUUUUGUGUAUGUACAUCAUUGAAAUUACUUAAUUUCUCUCUAUUCUCCCUUAUUUUAAUGCGUUCUAGUGUAGUAUAUGCUUAUGUUAGGAAUUGUAGUUUCAUUAUUUUCUAUAAAAGCAAAUGUUACACAUUUUUGAAGUGAUUACAUAAAAGUACUGAAAACCAA